AUUUCACAAAUUUACUAAGCAUCGCUUGCACGCAUCCGACAAAAUGGCGGGUCGACGACGCACUGUGGUGACUGAGGGAGUGGAUACCAGCACUAUCGAGUUCGAAACAAGCGAAGAUGUCGAAGUUACACCAACCUUCGACUCUAUGGGCCUUAGGGAAGAUCUCCUGCGUGGCAUUUACGCCUACGGCUUUGAGAAACCGUCAGCAAUCCAGCAGAGAGCGAUCAAGCCUAUCGUGAAGGGAAGAGAUGUCAUUGCACAGGCCCAGUCUGGUGUGGGGAAAACAGCCACAUUCUCCAUUUCCAUCCUCCAGUGUCUAGAUAUUCAGAUGCGAGAAGUCCAGGCCUUGGUCCUGUCCCCGACCAGAGAGCUGGCAACACAGAUUCAAAAGGUGAUUUUAGCUCUGGGUGACUACAUGAGUGUCCAGUGCCAUUCCUGUAUUGGUGGCACCAAUGUUGGAGAAGACAUCCGGAAGCUGGACUAUGGGCAGCAUGUUGUGUCUGGGACACCAGGCAGAGUAUUUGACAUGAUCCGAAGACGGAACCUGCGUACUCGCUCCAUCAAGAUGCUGGUGCUUGAUGAGGCAGAUGAGAUGCUAAACAAAGGUUUCAAGGAGCAGAUCUACGACGUGUACCGUUACCUGCCUCCAGCCACCCAGGUGGUCCUGCUGAGUGCCACCCUGCCUCAUGAGAUCCUGGAGAUGACAACAAAGUUCAUGACAGACCCCAUCCGCAUUCUGGUCAAGCGUGAUGAGUUGACGCUGGAGGGCAUUAAGCAGUUCUUUGUUGCUGUUGAGCGAGAAGAGUGGAAGUUCGACACCCUGUGUGACCUGUACGACACUCUAACCAUCACACAGGCAGUCAUCUUCUGCAACACCAAACGCAAGGUUGACUGGUUGACAGAGAAGAUGCGUGAGGCUAACUUCACUGUGUCUUCUAUGCACGGAGACAUGCCGCAGAAGGAGAGAGAUGCCAUCAUGAAGGAGUUCAGAUCUGGUGCCAGCCGUGUGCUGAUCACAACUGACGUGUGGGCCCGCGGUAUUGAUGUGCCGCAGGUGUCCCUGAUCAUCAACUACGACCUGCCCAACAACCGUGAGUUGUACAUCCACAGAAUUGGCCGUUCAGGUCGCUUUGGCCGUAAGGGUGUGGCUAUCAACUUUGUGAAGAGUGACGACAUCAGGAUCCUGAGAGAUAUUGAGCAGUACUACAGCACACAGAUUGAUGAGAUGCCAAUGAAUGUCGCUGAUCUUAUCUAGGAUGCCACCAGUUGGAAGAGUUGGACCAAAUCUUUUAAAAGAUGUCAAGGAUCAUGGAGUAAACAUUGGAGGAUGUAACUUGGCUGGGGGCACAUAUAUAGCAUAAAUUCAUGUAUUAUGUCUGUGGAUACAAAUAAGCAGCUGUAUACAAGGAAACAUUUUUGUGGUAACGUAUUUGACUUUUGGGCAUCAUCUUGUGAGACCAUCUUUCUGAACACUUGAAAGUGCGAAGUAACUUUUAUUCACGGAAGGGUUAAGUUUAGUAUGGCGUUAAUUUUUGUGUAUUUGUUUUAGUGUCUUUUUGUGUUUUUAGUACUUAUAUGAUAAAAAAUUCCUUGAAAAGUCGGAGUAGAAACCCUGAAGCAUUGAGAUAUUCAGACUUUAAAACAGCUUGUUUUCAUUUCCGAAAAAGGUGUGUAAUUGUUAUAAGUCAGGUACAAACGAACUAUAUGGUGUGCAAAGUAGGAACACUGGAACCCAAACAUCUGUUAUCAAUGUACAGCAGGCACAUGUUUGUCUUCUUUUAUGAAUAAAACCAAACAGUCAAAAAAGUU